ACAGUUACUUGUACCAUGCCUUCCCAUCUGACUUUUCGAAAAUUUCGUCAACUAGUCAAUGAAGCAAUGGAGGAACUGGAAUUGGAUUCUGGUGUGUUGUUGGAAGAUUCCAGACUUUGCAGACUGUGCAGUGAAGAAAACCAGAAUGGCAUCAGUUUAUAUGAACCCAACGACAAUGCGGAGGGGUUGUUUACAAUGGUCAACACCUAUUUGCCAUUGAAGGUUAUAAGCGACGAUUUGUACCCCAAAACAAUAUGCCCUGGUUGUCAUAUCCAGUUGGAGGCCACCAAGCUUUUUAUGGACCUAAUUAUCCAGGGCCAACAGAGGCUAAGGGAUCUGUUAAAGUCCCACAAAGAUCAGUGUUAUCGGGAAGAAAAAGAACGGCAAAAACUGGAACAGGCCCUACAGAACCAUAACCCGAACACUAGUGUGGAAACAUAUGCUAUCCAGACUGAUGAGAAUGGGGAAAAGUACCUUAUCCAAAUUUACAGUGACGGGCCCCUGUUUUCACCCGAUCACCAACUGGUUCUACGCGCUGAAGGCCUGGAUAAGCCCAAAAGGAAACGAGGCAGACCUCCAAAGGCUGCCGUAGCUGAAAGCACUCCAACUGAACCACCUAUUGAAGAGCUAGAUGAUUCAAUGAAGCAAGAAGUCCCCGAAGAAAACACCAGUCUUCCACGAAAACGGAAAAUACGCCCUCCUGCCCGAUACGCAGGUGUUGUGCAUGGAAAAGAAUUGGUAAAUAUAUUGAAGAAGGAAGGUAUUGUGGAUGAUGAAACUGAUAAUUUCGAACAAGACGAAAGAGGAUCUAACGAAAAACGUUUCACUCCAACAGAAAAAAACGAGGCGCCCAAAGCGGUCGUAGGGAAAGUUCUGGAGGAUCAUGGAGAAGAGAUGGUUGAACAGUUAGUAUUCAUGAAAACCAAACCUGUACAUGAGAAAGUUAAAAAGAGAGCCGUUUCCAAACCAAAGUAUACGUGUGAAAUAUGCAAAAAGGAGUUUCAACAUUAUGGCAGAUGCGAAAUGCACAAACGGAGCCACAAGUUGAAGUUCGGCUGUGAGCAUGAGAAUUGCUCGGUUCAAGAUGAAAGUCGGGAAGUGAUUGUUAAUCAUCAGAAUGAAACUGGCCAUCAAGGAAUUUCCGCGUUUGAGUUAAUUAGCAAGAUUAAUGGAAUAGUUCAGCUCCCGGACGCCAUUGAUGUUUCUGAAAAUAUACUGAUUGGUGCUAAGAGAUUCGAACGCAAUGACAAUGUUUAUCAGUGCGAUAAGUGCGAAAAAUCAUUCACUUGCAAACAAAACUACGAGGUGCAUUUCAAAGCAGUACAUGACGAGAAAAAAACAUUUCAAUGCGAAAUCUGUGACAAGAAAUUUGCGUACGCGUGCAGUUUAAAAAAUCAUAUGAUUGUGCAUAAAUCUGAGGUCCCUAGCAAAGCACUGGAUGGCUUCAAAUGCGAUGUAUGCGAGAAAAUCUUCCAUCACCCCAGUAGCCUUUUGUAUCACAAGAACGCUGAGCAUGGAAAUAAAAAGUUCAUGUGCAACAAAUGCAACAAAUCGUUUAAACAUCGGCAACUUUUACUGCGACAUCAGACGGUUCACAGCGAUGAUAGACCGUUUAAAUGUGAACAGUGUAGUCGCCAAUUCAAGUCAAAAACGAAUCUAACAACGCAUGAAAAAGUCCAUCAGGGAAUCAAGCAGUUUGUGUGUCCGAUUUGUGGGAACAUGUUUGUGCAUAAGGCCUCCCUAUGGGUGCAUCUGAAAUGGCACAACGGAGUUAAACCGUUUAAGUGCACCGUGUGCAACAAAGCAUUUUCUCAAAAAGGAAAUCUGGUGGAGCAUGAACGGAUUCACACGGGAGACAAACCGUUCGAAUGUAAUUUAUGUGGGCGCGCUUUUACAACUUCAUCCCAGCACAAGUUGCACAUGAAACGACAUACCGGGGAAAAGCCGUUUACGUGCAAGUACUGCUUGAAAAGCUUCCUUCACAAGGAUAUUUAUGAUACACACAUUCGGCGGCAUUUGGGCGAAAAACCGUUUCAUUGCAAGUAUUGUCCAAAAACGUUCCCAGAGCAAUGGGCAUGUGUUAGACACGAGCGUGUUCAUUUAGGAGUGAAGAAAUAUAAAUGCGACGUGUGUAACAAAGCAUUUUCGGAUGGUAGUAACCUGAAAAAGCACAAAAAAAUCCAUUUGAAAAAUGACGCCGCAUCGCUACUGGCCGUUCAGAAACCUGCGGAAGUUCCCUCGUCAUCUGCUGAAUCCCAGCUUGCCAUUAUUUCCGAUGAUCUAAUUCCUGUGAUAAAAACGCAAAAUGGUGAUCUGAAAACGAUGCCGUUACCUAUUCAUCCUUCUGAUUUACAAAUACACGAUUUACUGGAUCACGAAGGCAACGCAACUAACAUCACUACUGCAGACGGUCAGCCAAUCUUGAUCGUAUCAUCAGGAAAUAAAAACUUUCAAGGAUUGCUUCCCGAUGGAAGAUUAGUCAAUUUCAACAUUCUUUCUAAUGAACAAAGUGAGGAUCAAGACGAGGAAGAUUCCCAGCAAGAGCUGAUAGCUAGCAGCGGCUCAAAUUUAUUAAACUCAGAAUUGCAAUUUCUAGAAGACAACUGCAAUUCGGUUACCAGCGAGGAUAAACAAACGUUUAUUUCUGAAGAUGGAAAAGUUUGUUUCAUUACUGGUUUCGAUGAAAACUCGUUUCUGACGAUGAGCUAAAGCUCUUGUUUCUUCCUAAAGCUAUUUGCUGAACAGAUGCUCGGUUUUUAUUAAGGUAAACCUUUUUAUGCUAUAAAAUGACACGGCUACAAAUAAUGAAAAAAAACACCUUGUGAUUGAAUUGCGUGCUUUUAUCUAUAAUAACAAAAAGUGUAAUACAAAAUGAGUUUCAUGCAUUAUUGCAGAAGACAUUUACUCAAUAAUUAUAUAUCUAACAGUGUAAACAAAUAAAAUAGUUCAGGAUAAAAAACAAGCAACAAAAUAGUUUACAUUUUAAAAUUUUGGGUGUAAUCAUAUUCUAUGGUGGGUAUUACAGACUGCAUAAAUUUCAAAAAUAUAAUUAGAUACAUAUGAACUCCUAAUUCCCCUCCGCCCUCAGUUACGGUUUCUAUUAUACUUUUCAUCACUUCAGCAUGUCUACAAAUAAUGUUACUUAAUUAAAACCGGUUUGUAUGAGUA